CAAUGGCUGGACACCCGAUAGUGACAAUGAAUGUCCCGAAAUCAGUUUCCGAAGGCAGUGAUGUCCAGUUGUCGUGUUUGCACGAGUUGUACAACACAUCCCUGUAUUCGUUGAAAUGGUUUCAUAGAAAAGACGUGUAUUCAGAGGAACGGGAGUUCUUCCGAUACACUCCGCGAGCAAAACAAGUUAAACAAUUAUAUAAAUCAAUGGGAGAAACGGUAUCUCUGGACAAAGUGAGCGCAAAGGCCAGCGGUCUCUACAAAUGUGAGAUCACUUUAACGGAAAUCAGUCACAAACCAUCGGACGAGAAAUUUAUGUCCGUCUCGUAUUUGCUUCACUCUGCCCUCUGCCACCCCUCUCCUAUUCUUCUCGCACCCAAACUA